AAAGAAGCUGUUGAGGAAACAACUGUUUAUAGCUUCUAUAAGUUAAGUGAGAACAGUACAUAACUUGUCUGGUGGACGUUCCACGACAUUAAAUGUAACUGUAAAUGCAUGUUAAAAAGCAUGAUUUAUUAAUAAAUUGAAAUAUUGCUAUGACUGGCACAAGGCUGUGAUAUAAGAGGGAUAAAACUCUUCGGGAUGUUCUGCUACAGGAAAUUAAUUCACUUUGGGGUGACAUCAUAUCACCCUGUCAAGGAUUUUUCCUCCCUAUAUAACAGCACUCCAUGCCGUGAGUUAUUACUUACAUAGCAUAAUAAAUAUAUGUGAUGCUGGAGAUCAAAAAGAGCUAAAUGUCUUAAAUAAAACGUAACAUUAUAGAGUAUAGUUUAAAUAGGGUAUGUUCAAAAUGGCCCUGUUUGCAGUGUUUUACAGCUGUAUUUUGAUGCUAUGUGUAAGAUUCAAGUGUCAUUUCUUCAUUUUGGGGAAGAAGAGUCUCUCUGAUACAAAUGCACAUGAGACACAUCAUGUGCCAUAUUAUUAUUAGGACUUAACGACUUGUGAUAAUUUGAUAAUUUGAUAUCAGAUAAUUGUCACCAGUUAAGGCAGGGAAAUUAAGGUGGCUUUCUCUCCUGCUGAUCCUCAUUUGUGUUUCAGAUUAAUUGCUUGUCAUAAUGGAUAUCUCAGGCAUAAUUUAAGGUGCUAAUCUUUUCGUUAUGUUAAUUAGGGAUUUUGCGUUGUUGACAAAACAUGGACUGCAUUAUAACCAUCAAGACUUUUAAUGCAAAUGCGACUUUUAUCGUAGGCCAAAUGUAGAGAGCUAGACAAAGAAAUCAUGAUGUUUUUUAAUGUAAUCUAAUGUAAUCUAAUGUAAUAUAGUGAACUGACUUCAUCAUAACAAGAGAAAGCCCAUUGAGUUGUAGGGAUAAAUUGAUUGGAUUGACUGAAUGGGUUGAUGAAUAGAUGAAUGGAUGUUGCUGAUAUAAAAAACCAUUAGCAGUGAAAGAGAAUGAGCAUUUCAUGGAGAUUUUCAUAAUGUAGCAUAAAUCUGAGAAUAAAGAAAAAACCAUAAUGGAUAUUGGGGUCUGAAGCACUUAUUACACACAAAUAUUAGGUAGCCAAACCAUUAGCUCUCAGGAGAAGAACUCAGAAGAAACACACAUGAGAACAUGAUGAACUGAUGUGUAGAGAAAGAAGCAGGUCUCAGUGCAACAGCUGAGUUCAUAGCCCUGGUCAUAGACCAGACGAAGGUUCGAGAGCUUAGAAACACUACAAGCUGAAACAUGCCAGUCCUUCUCGUCAUGUUUCUAUCAACAAAUAUUAACAAAGCUGUGAGCACACAUACUUUACCACCUACAAAUAUUAUAGUUCAUUUUUUGAACAAAAGAUCAAAAGGUUAAACAAUAAUGACAAUUAUUGUUGAAUAGGUCACUCUGGGUCAGGUUCACUUUAUAGUCAUAUUCUUGUAGCUAUGAUAAGUGUGUGUGUGUGUGUGUGUGUGUGUCUGUGUUGGUAAAGCAUGCGUCGUACAGACUGGUUAGUGUGGCCAAGCGAGGCCCUGAAGAGAGAGGAGAGGAGGGCUGAAGCCAGGCUGGCUUAUGGGAUACAACGGCUCGAUGAGGCCAAACACUACCACCUGAACACGCUGACCCGAGAGCAACACAGACUACACCGCCAUCUCAUCGCCCUUAACACAGGUAACCGGUGGAGAGGCUUAAACUCUGUGGGCUCACGACCCUCCAAUCAUGAUCUCACCCACCCUGCUGUGUCCUAUAUCAAGACUCGUUUACCCAUAAUCCCACCUGCAGACAGGGAGACAAACAGGCAUAGGUCUGGGAAGCCGCAGUCCAUCUGCUCCCUGCAGGCUCGCGUUCAGGACUUUCUCAGCAGUGGUGAAAACAGGGCUGAUAACGCUACAAUGCCUGUAUGUCUGCCAGACCUCAAACCACGGCCCCCAAGCAGCAUGCUUCCUCCAGCCAACCCAGAGAGAGAGAACAAGGCUGGAGAUAGGGAUGGACAGAAUAAGAAACACAGGGCUAGAGGGAGGGAGGGAUUGAGGUCAGCACUGGAAACACGUGGAUUUAGUUCAAAAGACAGUCAAAGAGAAAAUGAUCAAAUAGUAGCAAGUUAUACAGAAAAAGAAGAGGAGAUGACAGUAACAAUACCCUACUCUACUCCUCUUUCUCCCCUCUCUGACACCCACGCUUCUGAUGGCCAGUUGAGGAUGGUUCACACACCGCCUAAUUUUGUGCAAGCACUGGCAGAGGCACGCAAAGCCCGAUACAUACGAUACAGAGGACAUCCUUUGUGUGAGAGAGAGCUGAGCAUCAGAGAAAUAUUCUCAAGCAACUCCAAAGACACAAAUAACACUCACUAACACAGUAGUAUCUGCUAGUGUGCUUCACACUCAAACAUACUUAUGUUGAGACCUGUGAGCACACAAACACAUUUUUAAUCUAUGCAAGGUGCAUUUUUGAAAGAAAGAAAAUAAAUAAAUUUUCCUUAUGGAGACCAGCCAAAUGUCCCCCAAGGUCAAAACAGUCAUGUAUUCCUAAACAUGGUCUAGUAAAUGCAUUAUUUAAAUUUUAACAUCAUUCAUAUAAUGGACUACACUACUGGGUUAGGUCAAUAUAAAGCAUUUUGUAAACUCUGUAACUUAUGUAUGCAAUUGGUAUUGCAACAUGACCUACAUUUUCAGUUCAACAUAUUAUAGUCUAUUGACAAUAUUUUUGUGGGUUUUGGGAAGCAUACAUUAUAUUUAUGCUCUGGCAUGAGCUAUGUACAGUAUAAGUUUACCUCAAACUUUGCCAGAGUAAACACAGAGGGUUUACCAUAUGAUGUAAACCAUUGGUAUGCCUCAAAAACAGGAAGACCAGGUCUGAGUUUGCCAAAAACAUAGUCUUGUCCCAUAUCCAUCUUUUGAUC